AUGCGCGGCUUCCGUCUCACCCCUGCGCUCAUGCUCGCGGUACUGGCCACCGGGGCCAUCACGGCCGAUCAAUCUUUUCCAAGUGAGCUACGUCGCCUCGUGACGCUCUCUCGCCACGGCAGUCGUGCUCCAAACGACGUGGUGAAGGUCACAUGUCCGCGCAACAAGGCCAACCUUGACGCGUACAAGGUUCCGCUCACGCAGCUCACGGAAAUCGGUAUGAAGCAACUGCAGGAUGUAGGGGAGCACAUCCGCGACACGUACAUGGUGGACGAGCCACAUCGCGAAGAAGCCUUCUUGUCGCGUUCGCUCAAUGGUGUGAACCACUCGCACUUCGAGGCGUAUUUCCGAGCCGACGCCGCAACUCGUUGCUCUCAGAGUGCGACAGCGGUGGGUUACGGUCUCUACCCGGAUGGAACGGGACCACAAGGCUUCCCACGCCAGCCUGUUCCUAUUACCAUGCAGCUCGUAGAGAAUGAGCAUGCAUUUGCUGCUCCCAAAGGUCCCUGCAAAAGUACAUUGGACGAAGAUCUCGCUGAGUACGCUGAAACCCGAGCCCCCGAACUGUUUGCCCAGUACCGUGACGUCCUCGACCAGCUUGGUGAGGUCUGCGGUGUCGCUGUCGAAGAUAUUCCCAGCUUACCUGAUGGUGAGGAUGUCGUACUGGGGGUCAAGGACUUGGCCGACAUGUUUGUUUUUGAUCGCGACGAAGGUCUGCCACUUACUGAAGGGAUGACGGUUGAAGCGCGCGAGAAACUGGAGCAGUUGGCGUUCACAAACCUCAUGGAGCGAUACUACUCCACAGACCGUGAAAUCACGUACUGGGUGGGUGGUUUUAGCGAUUUACUUCUCAACACACUUCAGGAAGGAGCUAUUUCGACGGCGCCAUCACCUGCAGAGUAUCGGUACUUCUCGUUCCAUGGCCAUCGUGAACUGCUUCACGGCUUGGGUAUGAUGUUGGGCUGGGAGUUCCACUUCAAGGGACUGCCAACAGCUCUCAACGUGUCGUCUCUUCACCCUGGAACUACCAUGUUCUUUGAGCUACGUGCCCGUAAACUUACGACUGAAGAGACCGAGAAGCAGUCAGAAGCGAAGGAAACAUACUUCGUGAGAACGUACAUGUGGUCGCCUUACACUGAGCGUGAACAGAUCAAGCUGACGAAGUGCUCAGUUGCGGAUUGCCCACUGGAUGAGUUCAACCAGAUCAUCACGAACCACAUUGCUAAAACGGGCACUUGGGAGACGAUCUGCAACUAUCACAAGCCUACCCUGGGUCAAGACGAAGCACCACUGGCGCAAGGGGCCGUUGUGGAGAAUAACCACGGCUUUGCGGGUUGCUCCUUCGUGACUAUUAUUGGUAUUGCUAUGGUGGUGGGGUUGGCGCUAGCAGCCUUCAAGGUCUACACUGCACGUCGCCGCGGAUACACCAUGGUGGGCUAAGCGAUGAAUUAGUGCUGCUUAUGACAGCAAAACAGGAACAACUAGCUCCCCGAAGCUCUUUGUAACAUCCUUAGAACAAAAAUUCACGUCAGACCAGCUAUACUGGCCACUCUACGCUGCUAAAGUCAAAUUUGCUGAAGGCGCAAUUUCUGUAGCUUCUCGACCAACAUAUCGACCUUGUUUAAGCCCUUCGCUUUGCCUUGAAUGAUACCGUUCUUGCCACCGCCGCCCUUUCCGUCGAUAAUAGGCAGCACAGACUUUCCGUGAGCGAUGAUGAACUCGGGAGGUCCAGCAACAAGGAACAAGCCUUCACCUCGCACAUCACCAGCCGUGAGAACAAACACUGCAUCCUUCUUCG